AUGGUAAAGUGUGAGCUAAUUUGUUUAUUGGGUAAUGAUGGCUGUGGUAAAUCGAGUAUUUGCGAAUUGAUCAACUCAAAAACCGCUAAUAAUAACAAUACUAUUGUUGCUCUCGAACGCAGUAAUAAACUAGGUGUAGAAUAUGGAAUUGAUCUAAGUAUUGUCGAUAAAUUGACAUUAGAAUAUACUUUUGAUGAAAAAAAUUUCAAUAAAAUCACGUUGCCUGAUCAAACAGUCAAUGAAGAACAAAUUUAUUGGAUUAUGUUAGAUUGUGACGUUGAUACAAUUCUAAAACGAAUUCAAUCACGACCCACAAGUGACAUAUGGGAAACACGAAAAGCUUUAAGCUAUUUUCAACAACGCUUUCGUAACUUGAGUGCUCAUUUUGGAAUACCAUAUAUUGAUACCACACAACGAACACUAGAACAGGUUUGUGAUGAAGUACUUAAUGUUGUUACAAAAUGUUCAGAGUAUUACCGACAAUACCGUCAAAUGGGUAGUCAAAUAUUAAAUUAUGAUUUGAUUCAACAAUGCGAUGUUGAAAAUAAGCUUUAUGGAAUGGUGAAUGAGUAUGAUUUUGACAAAAUAACGAACUUACCAGAAUAUACAAAGGAAUUUGAUGAUGUUGAUAAGCGUAAAGUAUAUAUAAGAUGGUAUGUGAACAAUAAUCCAUUGGAGAUUGAUCAAAAAAGAAAUAUUGUUAAAAUCGGAGACUAUGAAUUACCAGCAACACAAACAAUACUCAAACUUGUUACUGAAGGUUCAGUUCGUGCAUGUGGUUCACAACUAUUUUUGGAAAUGAUGUGGCGUAAUGGUUUGAAACAUUCUUAUCGUGCAAUUAAUUCCAAAGGUAUCAUAGUGAGUGAUUUUAUUCGGGAAAUACCACCAACAGAAGUUGUUGUUAAACGAUACUGUGAAGGUACUGAUAAACAUUCGUUUUAUGAUAUUUUGGAAAAUGAACAAAUUGUUUCACCAAAUAACAAUCAUGAAUAUUUAUCUGGUCCUUAUGUUAGAUUUGAUUGGAGAAAUCCCAAUCAUGUAUCACCAAAUACAAAAAAAUGUUUAAAUAAAAAUUUAUAUUAUUAUGUAUAUGAACAAGCAAUUGGUAAAGAAAUAUUUUUCAAUAAAAUAUUGACAAAUAAACACUAUGCUACACCUGUUGGUGAUAAGAAUAUUACUGAAGAUUUAUUAACUCAUGUAAUUAAUAUUAAACGUACAAAAUCGUCCGUAUUAAAAAUGUUUAUGGUUAUUCAGUCAUAUUUUUCUCGUGUUAAUUUGGUAAUUAAAGAUGUUUGUUUUAUGCUUGAUACAAAUGGUGAACGAUUUUGGAGUGAAAUAAAUCAAGAUUGUAUGAGAAUAACGGCAAUGGAUAAUAAUCAAAAUAAAUUUGAUAAAGAUAUAUGGCGAGCAGGUGGAUUAGCAUCACGUGAACAAAUCAUGGAAAAAUGGAAAGAUUUUAAUAAGAUAUUUAUCGAUUAUUUUAUGAAAAAUAAAUUUCAUGAAACAGAACUUUUAAAUUAUAAUACUUAUUUUUAUACUCAAGAAAUUGAUCAGUUAUUAACAAAUAACAAAUUAAAAAUUCCUCGUAAUUUACAGGAAAUAUGGUUAGAGAUACGUGGUAAAAAUUUAAGACGUGUUAUUGUGACAAUGGAUAUGUAUAAUGGACAACCAGUAUUAGUUAAAAGUUCACAAGUAUGUGAAGUACACAGUGAUGGAGAUUAUCGACAAGCAAUGGAAAAAAUUAGUAUUUUUCCGGACAUACUAAUUGUUGAUUUAAACGGUGCUUUUGGUGAAACUAAUACAAAGAAUCGUCAGAUAAUCAAAGAAUUAGCACCUAAAUAUUAUGUUCAUACGGGAGGUGGUUUACGAUCAUUAGCCGAUAUUGAAGAUGUACUGAAAUCAAGUGUUCGCCGAUGUGCUGUAGCUAGUGCUGAUGAUGCAUUAAUUAUGAAAAUACCAAAAGAUCGUUUAAUUGUAGAAAUAAGUGUUAAUGAACAAAAUGAAGUACUAAUUCAUGGUCGCAAGACAAAUACCCACAUGAAUAUAAUUACAAGGAUCAAUGAGCUUAUUCAAAUCGGUGUCAAUGUUAUCAGUAUUACAUUUGUUCAAACAGAAGGGCAUUUGUCAGGAAUACCUCGAAAUCAAAUACGAGACCUUCUUUUACAAAUUCCUCACAAUAUUUUCAAAAUAUAUAUUGCUGGUGGCAUAAGUACAUUGGAUGAUUUAGAAUAUUUAUGGUCAUUUGCUCGUGUUAUCCCUCAACUUGGAUCGGCCAUUUGGAAAAACAACUUGACAAUUGGCAGUAUUUAUACUAGUAUGAUCAAUUUUACUGACAAUGGAUUAGUGUCAGCUAUUAUUCAAGAUUUAAAUGGACCAGUCAAAGGUUUGUGUUAUAUGAAUCGUGAAUCUAUUGAACAAACAUGCGAAAAAAGAAAAUUAUAUCGAUAUUCGAGAAAAUUGGGAAGAGUCAUAUUGAAAGGUGAAACAUCUGGUGAUGUUCAACAUAUAAUUAAAAUUAGUUUAGAUUGUGAUUCGGAUGCAAUGUUGAUAACAGUUGAUUCAGAUAAACCAUUUUGUCAUACAGGUAAUCAUAGUUGUUUUAGUUUACAAACAAGUGUUAAAGCAAAUUUAGCCACAUUGGCUCAUCAUAUUAAAUCGCAAAUAAACAAAGAUACCUAUACAGGGAGAAUGCAAAGAAAUCCACAAUUGGCUCUUGCUAAAGUAAUGGAAGAGUUUUGGGAGGUAGUGACAGGUCACCAGGAUACGCAAGUAUCAGAAUGUAGUGAUUUAUUUGUUCAUCUUCUCAUGUAUUUGAAUGGAAUUGGUAUAACGACUGAAGACAUUUUCAAUGAACUGAAUGCGCGACGAUGGGCACCUAAAGGAUUAAUUGAACAAAAUAAAAUACCUCAUGAAACAUCUAAUGAAAUUAUACUUGGAAUAACCGUCUCUAAAUAUACCGAUAAAACAGAUCGAUUUGCCGAAAAUCAGUUGGGAAUUAAAAUAGUUCGACAUUUGGGUAGAAAUAUGUUGGUUGAAGGACAAAUUGUUGAUCGUGAUAAAUUUUGUAAAUAUUUCGUUAAUGAUGAAAAUAUCAAAUUAUCACUAGUUACAAGUAGACCAAAAGACAUGGCAUGGUUAUUGGCAUCAAGACGUGUGACACAUGUUAUCACGUUCGAAACUGUGAUUAAAAAUUUUCCAAAAGUUUAUACUAUUAUUCAUGAAACUGUUGAUCCAACUCACUGUCUUGCUCUGAUAUGUCGUAAAGGUGCGUGUAUAGAACCUCAAAAAUGGACACAUGAGAAUAAACCAUUGAUUGCUGCUGAACAUGUUUGUCAUGUAACAAGAUUUUUUGAGCAAAUGAAUAUAAAACCUCAAACAUACCAUUUAGAUAGAAUUAUUGGAUCAUCUGAAGGAUUUUUGAUCAAUACGAACAAAUAUUUACUAUCUGAUGCUAUUGUGGAAAGUGGAAAAACUCUUGAAGAAAAUGAUUUAGAAAUAUGGAAAGUUAUAAUACCAAAAGGAGAAUUACACAUUGGACUUUAUGGACACUAUAAUUAA